UUUUGUGUGGAGGGGGUAAAUAUAAUCACGUGGUCUGCGAGGCAGCCAAUAGCAUGCAAGGGAAAGCGUUGAGAAAUAAUUACCUGCCUUGAUUGUUCUAUGGCUAGAUAAAAAAGUACACAUACACUCCAUAUAAUAAUCGGAUGCAUGUAAAAAAGAGUCAGGGAAGAAGCUUUUCGACAUGUCGACCACGGGUCCCAUAAGUAAUUAUUAUGUGGACUCCUUGAUCAACCAUGAAGCAGAGGAUGUCCUUGCUGCAGCUCGGUUCUCCUCGGCUCCCGGUUCGCACCCAGCAGCCGGCCCUCGAACGACGUCUCUAGUGCCGGAGUGCUCCGACUACCCUUCCUGCAGCUUCGCACCCAAACCUCCCGUCUUCUCCACCUCCUGGACCCCCGUGCACUCCCAGUCAUCUGUGGUUUACCAUCCGUACAGUCACCACAACCCGCACUUAGGCACAGACUCGAGGUAUAUGCGCUCAUGGCUGGAGCCCAUAUCAGGCGCGGUGCCUUUCCACGGCUACCCGAGCAGCAGCAGGCACUUUGGGCUGAAACCAGACGCCUUUCAGGAGCACAGAGCCGCCACAGAGUGCCUCGGCUCCACUGGACGGACCUACACGGAUUAUCUGUACUGCUCAUCCACUGACAUGCGAGACAAGCAGACGCAGCAGCAGAAUAAUAUCCCUUCACCCGAGGAGUCGGAGCUGCUGGCUACAGGGAAGCAUAAAGACGAGAAGCUGGAGCUAGAUCCGAAUAACCCUGUGGCAAAUUGGAUACACGCUCGCUCCACGAGGAAGAAGAGGUGCCCUUACACAAAGUACCAGACUCUCGAGUUGGAAAAGGAGUUUUUGUUCAAUAUGUACCUAACAAGGGACCGCCGAUUCGAGGUCGCGAGGGUCCUGAAUCUGACCGAGAGGCAGGUCAAAAUCUGGUUUCAGAACCGGCGAAUGAAGAUGAAGAAAAUGAACAAAGAAAAGACCGACAGAAAAGAACAAUAAUGUGGACUUACAGUCACAAAAAAACAACCAUAAUAACCACUAGUCACAUGGACAGCACAGAUGCAUCAAAACACACCAUGAUCCACCUCUUCUCCUCUUCAUAUUUAUCACUUUGUUGGAUUUUUUUUUGUAUUAACCUUAACUUGAUGCUGAUUAUGUAUUUUUUUCCAAGUGCACAUUUAUGUGUCCACAGUAUAAGAAAAAGAAAAAAACUUCCAAGGAGAUAAUUACAUUCUACUUUCACUUCGAAAUACCUUUUAUGUUUUUUUUUUGUAAAAGAAAAUGAUACAAGUGCAGUUUGGACACGUUGCAACUGUCUGAAGAAAGAGAAUACUUGAAUUCUUUUGAAUUUCACAAACCCAUAAUUUAUGAUGUGAAUGUUUUUCUUUCAUGUUUUUCUUUCCUUUGUACGUUGUUGUGCAGGUGCAGUAUUUUGUACAGAAACAGAACAUCUGCGAUCGGACUUGUCUUGUAUUUUUUGUGAUAGUUGUUGCUGUAAUUUGUGCAUCUUUCCUUUUUUUGUUGUUGAUUGUAGCCUUACGAGUUUAACUAUAGAGUGUAGAUAUAGACCUCUGCAAAUAUAAACAUAAUCACUAUAA